AUGGAGGCGGCGGCGGGGGGGGCCGGGGGUGGGGAGACCGCCCCCGGGGAGGAGGAGGACGGGGGCUCGCAGCAGCUGGAGCAGCUGGAGCGCCUCAUCACCAGCCUCGAGGCACGGCGAGCUGCGAGCUGCGACCUGAGCGACGGCUCCGUCACGCCCGCGUCUCCCCGCGCCCUCACGCCUUCCUCCGCGCCUUCCCGCAACAAUUUCUGGCGGGAGGUGUCGCCGCAGCUCUCCUACAUCGACGGCGGGAGCUCGUGCGGCGGCGGCAGCGGCUCGUAUGGGCGCAGCGUCUCGUGGAACCUUGGGGAACUGUGUGCAGACAACGCCCAUCCUGCACCCGUCACGCCCACACCCCAACACACCGGUCUGCACCACAACCCCGCCCACUCGCACGACCUUCGCUCCUCAGCCGACCCUCUCAAUCUCCCCAAUUACCGCCCGUAUCCAUCCCAGUACUCAAGGUUCCCGCGAAAUCCUACGCCUUCCUUGCCCGCCCUCGCGCCCAUCACCAAGUUCGCCUCGGACACCCUCUGCUCGCCCUCGCCCCCGCACGCGCCCGCCACCGCUCACUCGGUGGUGCAGGUGGAGAAGGGCGACAUCAAGACCAAAAUCCAGAAGAGGCUGAGCUUCGGCGACACUCUCGAUCUCCACACCAACAUCUACACACCGGCCGAGGACUGCCCGACCGCGAACGCCGGCCUUGACCCGUCGGCAGGAGCGGCCAAUGGGUGCGGGGGAUCGUCCACGUCCCUUGAGAGGAGGUGGAAGGAGGAGGAGGAGUGCAGUGGCGGAGGGAACGGCCCCCCUUUAGUGAGGCGAAAGUCCCUGGACACACAGAGUCAGUACUCCUAUUAUAUGGACAAGGAUCUGAGGUACUAUUUCCAGCACCCGUGGCUUCGCCUCAUUGUCGCUUACCUCGUCAUCUUUUGCAACUUUCUGCUCUUCGCCGAGGACCCUGUGUCUCACUCCCACGCAGAAUCGAACAUCCCCGUGGUUGGCAAUGUCUUCAGCUUCGUGUCUACCAAGUACCCGGACGAGUGGUUUUGGCGAAUGAUUAAAGUCGUGAUGUGGUUGAUCGCUAUAAUGUGCGGGAUGCUGGUUGGGAAAGUGCUCAUCCACGGGCUCAUCUUCAAGAGAGUUCUGAGACUCAAGAUGUUCAGGGACGAACAGGGUUCGUGGAUGACAAUGUUCCUGACGGUGAUCGUGUCGCUGUACAUGUUUUCAUACGUGUACAACCUCAUCCUGCUCAUUGGCCAUGACGAACACUGCAAGUGGCAGAUUGGGUCUGAUAUGGAUGUCACCAACGAGAGCAUGAUGAAGGCCGCUGCGACCUGCACAUGGCUGGGUGACCUCGUGACGGCUCUCAUGGUCACGGAUAUGAUGCUCCAGGAUAACCUGUAUCCUCACUGGGCCACGGGAUUCCGCAGGCUGUACAGGCUGUCUAAUGUUCCGCGAAUCCUCAUUUUCUGGUGUGGUUCGAUCGUCGUGGCGACCGUCGUCAUCUUCCUGAUCGUCUCAGAUUACAUCUCCUGGGACAAACUUAAUCAAGGAUUCGUUGAGACCACAGGGCGAACAAAAAUAAUAGAAAAUGGGGAGAAGCGGAAAGGGCGAUACAAGAUGGAGUGA